CGCGGCUCCGCUGCUCGGGGCUGCUCCGCUGCUCGGGGCUGCACCGCCGGACCGCUCCGCCGCCGGCCAGCAUGGGGCGCCUCCGCGGCGGCCUGCGCUGCAUCAAGUACCUGCUGCUCGGCUUCAACCUGCUCUUCUGGCUGGCGGGGUCGGCCGUCAUCGCCUUCGGACUGUGGUUUCGGUUCGGGGGCUCCAUGAAGGACCUGCCGUCGGGGGACAAGUCCCCGGAGCACUUGUACGUGGGGCUGUACGUGCUGGUGGGAGCCGGGGCGCUGAUGAUGGCCGUGGGCUUCUGCGGCUGCUGCGGGGCCUGGCGGGAGUCGCAGUGUGUGCUCGGAUCGUUCUUCACCUGCCUGCUGGUGAUAUUUGCCGCGGAAGUGACCACGGGCGUGUUUGCUUUCAUAGGCAAGGAUGUAGCCAUCCGACACGUGCAGACCAUGUACGAAGAGGCGUAUCACGAUUACCUUAAAGGCAGGGGAAGGGGAAACGGGACACUCAUUACCUUCCACUCAGCGUUUCAGUGCUGCGGGAAGGAGAGCCCUGAGCCGGUCCAGCCCACGUGCCCCCAGGAGCUCGCAGGACACAAGAGCUGCAUUGAUGAGAUCGAGAGCAUCAUCAGCGUGAAGCUGCAGCUCAUCGGUAUUGUGGGCAUCGGAAUCGCAGGCCUCACGAUCUUCGGCAUGAUAUUCAGCAUGGUCCUUUGCUGCGCGAUACGGAACUCACGAGAUGUUAUAUGAAGCUGCUUCUACGUGAACAUUUCCAUCGAGAGCUUUCCUAUAAAUGUCACGGGAGCUGUCUCGUUUUUAAUAUUCAAAGGACAUUAGGAUCUAAAAUAAUUUGCUGUUGAUUGUACAUUUGCACAUGUAUGUAUGCUUGGCUUGUACUGAUUUACCCCUCGAGUGAAUGCCUGUGUAUGUUGACUGAGAGCAUGUUCGUGUGUGACCUAUGUGCUUCCGGUAUAAGCAUUAUAUAGAAUGAAGUCGGUUUGCUGGGGAUUCUUGAUUCUUGUUAUAGGGUGAAAGGAACAACCUGUUUAACUCUCAGAAAAAGGUCAAAAGUUUUGAGAAACUUAAAAACAAACACACCUGGCUAUGCAUAAAAGAAUAAUAACGGAUCGGUUUCUCAGAGUCCAGCCACAGAAAGUUAGGACAGAGAACCAGGGAUUUCUAGGUAACAGAAGCAAUAAGCUUGGGAAGGGAGAGAUCACAGUGCAGAGCUAACAUUGACUAUGUCUGAGGAGAGUGGAAGGGUUCCUGGGCUUUUUUUAUACACAUACUCUCUCCUGAAUACAGUGAACCACAGUUUUAGAACUAAACACAUCUGUAAAACUAAAUAUAGCAUGGAAAAUCUAAUUUGAAUAAGUCAUACUUUCCUAGUAUUUAAAAACCUCCCUCUGGAAAGAGUGGUCACACAGACAAUCAUGUGUCCUAUAAAAGCAAGUGUUUUAUAGGACUAAAAAAGAAAAACUUUUAACUACUUUUUAAGAAAAUAUUUUUGUCUUCCUAUAAAGAUGUUUAGAUAUUGCUUUAUUCCUUUUUCUCUGACGCUGCUUUGAACUACUGCAGCCCUCACUCACAUCCGCAGAAAGGCUUUUCUCUCCAGCUUGUGUGUCUCCAGAUGCAGGCCAGGAAGACUCGAGUAAGAGACCUGGCAGUGGGACAUUGUGGGAAAGAGAAUUUUUACUGGCACUGUAUCUUUAAAAUACCUCAUCACUUGAGUUUACAUAUUUUCUUAUUUAUUCAUCUAGAGAAUUCUUCAUAGAUUGAGAACGACAGUUUUCACCCUUGAAAAUGAAUAAAACAGAAGUCUAAGUCAAAUAUCAUAUCAUGAGUGUCCUUGGCCAGCCCAACACAAACAAAGACAAGCACGGUCUCCCGGUUGUGUGCACACAACAGAGACAGCCUAAGCGAACAGAAACGCUUCCACACUCAGCAGAGAUCGGGUUAGUCAAUGCGCAUCCCUCAUAAAAAUAAAACCGGCAUGUUCUUCUAUGGUUUUGAUGCAUCCUUGUAAGAACAUAAACCCAAAUUUAGGAAAUAAAUCGAUAAAUUUGUUCAUUUUUAACAACUCGGUACAUUUAGCAAAUAAAUCCUAGAGGAUUUUUUUAAUUGUUGCAUUUUUUUAAAGCCACCCAAAAGUGAAAGUGCUGGGGACUUUGGAAAUGCCCAGGUUAAGGGUGUGCACGUGUGAGAACACAGGCUUCGGGUGUGCUCUUCCAGGAAAGUUUGACAAACCGUUUGCAUGAGGAGGCUUACUCAUCUGAAAUGGUCUCACUCCCAUGGAGAACCACAUGCCCCCUCUGCCAUACUUACCACUGCUACUAGGCUUUUCCAGAAAAAAAAAAUUGGAAGCGAGCUAAAAAUUGGAUUUCGCAUAGCUGCUUGACUGUUUCUAUCGCCAACAGAAAUAUUAUUUAAGAAAAUCAAUUUGUGAAAUAGCAGUGUAUGCCCCAGUCGUUGAGAAAUACCACCUUUUCAGCGGAGAACAGACAGUCCGUCCCUCUCUCUCGGUGGCUUCAGUUCCUCUGUCUGCUUGAAGACAGGAAACGGGCCCAAGUGUACACUCAGGUUUCUUCCAGCUCAGACUCAGCUUGGAGCCAACCGAAGGGAGUUCCAUUGUUUAUCUGAACAACCAACCUUCAAAAAGACCACACCGGUUAAGAGUAGAGAUAUGUGCCAUAUAUGAUUAAUGUGCCAUAUGUGAUUAAUGUUUAUCUCUUGAAUAUAUAGAUUAAUGUUUAUCUCUUGAAUAUAUAUAUAUAUAUGUGUAUGUGUGUACAUAUAUGGACACACACACACACAUAUAUAUAAACAUUUGGUUAUGUCUGUCUACCUGAACUAAUCUGAGGUCAGGCCCAAACAUAUUCUUAAGCGUCUGGUGCCAAAGCACUGAAUUAAAACUCUUGAAAUAUUUUAAGUUAUUUCAAAUUAAAUUUUCUAUGCACU